AUGACGGCAAGCAAAGAACACGCCGAUGAAGUUCUUCAGAGCUUUCGCAAGCGGCGGCCUACCCCAGCCUGCUACCCAUGUUCGAAGCGCAAGGUCCGUUGCAAAGGUGGCCGGCCUUGCGGACCAUGCACGGCAAGAGGCCAUCCCGAGAUCUGUCUUGAUGGUGAUCAACACCGGCGCAGCAAGCUCGCAGCUGCCGUCCCGUUAUCCGCUCAUGAGACUGGGUCCAGGUCUGCCGCAGAGACCGACAGGCUGGGGGAGCAAGGCCAGACACUCAACUCGACGCCAGCUGGUUUAACAGAGCUGCAACCCGCAACCACUCUGUCGCCCUCCGAGCCUCGUGUAGGCAAGUUCUCCGCCAUGAACUUCAUCCGCGGAAGGCUCAGUAGCGCACACAAAGUGCUUGAUGAAGACAUACAUCCGAGCAUGGGGCUGGGAAACACAGAUCUUCAGGGCCCUUCUUUGGCGCCUCUGGGUGCCGCAUUCCAGGGCAGCUUGCUGCCUCCCAGCCGCGAAGAAGUGUUGCAGUACUAUCCAGCAUUCCGUGACUGUAUCAUGCCACUUUAUCCCAUUGUUUAUGACGUUGUGCUUUUCGAAUCAACCAUGUACAAGGCUCUGAAGGAUCCUGUAGGGCUUAAGCCGGAGCAGGUGGCUGUGGUAGUAGCUUCACUCGCUCUCGGUGCACAGUUCGCGGAGCUUGGCCAUCAAAAGUCCCGCCGCCAGAUCUCCCUGGAUCUUAUUCACAGGUCAAACGCAUAUGCCCAGCAAGCCAACUACAUCUUUCGACCCAGUCUGGAAGCCGUGCAGGCUCUACUGAUGGUUGGCAUGGCGUUACAGAAUGUCGGACAGUCCGAUGGCGCCUGGGCUCUUCUUGGGCUCAACUUUCGUCUGGCCCAGACGCUAGGCUUGCAUCUUCUCAGUCCUGAUGAGGGUGCCGGGGCCACGCUUUGGGGCCUUAUCGUCUGGCAGGACGCGUUCUUGUCGUGUCGCUAUGAUCGCAGCCCAUUAUCCCAUGGAUCGGGCACCAAAGAGCUGAGCGGCCGCUACGAUCUGUCAUACUUCCAGGCAAUGAAGACUAUAUGUGCGCUUGACAGCGGCGUUCUUCGACAGCCGCAGUCGUGUCGCUCGGACCCGAAAUACGUCUCGAGCAUUGUUCGGGACUUGGAUGAGCUGCUAGGCCGCUGCAGUGCACACCUGCAAGUCGGGGCGCGACCACGAACAAUGCAGCAACGCCUCGAGCAGAAUGCCCUACAGUUGCACCACUCGCUGUUCUUGGCAGAUCUUUGCCGCCCAAUGUUUUCCAUCGCUGCCAUUGACGCCAACAAGAUACAAAAAGAACUGCGAAGAAGAGGAUUCAAUGCUUUGAUAGCAAAUAUCGAGGCAUUCCUCGAAAUCUGUGCAUUCAGCAACAUAGCGCUGAGGUUAUGGUCAAUGACACAGGCUACGGUGACAUGCGCGCUCGUUCUAGCACUCAUCGAUUCACGAACCACACAUCCCACGGUUGUACCUCUACUGAGAAGGCUUGUCAAAGCAUUGAAGAUGGACACGGGAUCUUCGGACCCAACUGUCAAAGGCUCCGUUCACAAUUUGCCAGGUAUCUGCCUGAUGCGCAUCAAAGGAGCUGGCCUUCUCGAGUCUAUACUGGAUAACCCACAAGACACGUCGUCUACUUCACCCGAACGGAUGGACAUUGAGAAGGCAUCAGCUGCAACAGAUAACGUGGCACCGUCAACACCAGAAGGUCUGCCAUUCGCAGAAGAUCUGGCCUGGCCAGCAGAACUUCCCUUGUUCGAUCGAGGUUUUGCGGAUUCGGUGUUGGACUUUGAUUUGGAUCAAAGUUGGUACGAAAGUAUUACAGGGUAUGGUUGA